UUGAAGAAAAUAGAGCACACGUUUUGUGGUCUGUGUCUGUGAGAGCGGUUUUGGUUUUGGAACAAAGCAAAGAACGAAGGGUUUGUGAUUGGGAAAUUGAGGGAUUGAAGUUCUAUCUCUUGGAUCCCUCAUUCCUCUUUCACCCACCACUUCACCUUCAGAUCUGAAAGUCCCAAGUGCCACCCAUGGCCUCAAAGCGUAUCCUGAAGGAGCUCAAGGACUUGCAGAAAGACCCACCCACUUCUUGCAGCGCUGGUCCAGUGGCUGAAGACAUGUUCCAUUGGCAAGCAACAAUUAUGGGUCCUGCUGAUAGUCCAUAUGCUGGAGGUGUAUUUCUAGUUACUAUUCAUUUUCCUCCCGAUUAUCCUUUCAAGCCCCCUAAGGUUGCUUUUAGGACUAAGGUAUUUCACCCGAACAUCAAUAGCAAUGGUAGCAUUUGUCUUGAUAUCCUGAAGGAACAGUGGAGUCCUGCUCUUACCAUCUCUAAGGUAUUGCUCUCUAUCUGCUCACUGCUGACUGAUCCAAAUCCUGAUGACCCACUUGUACCGGAGAUUGCUCACAUGUACAAAACUGACCGGGCCAAGUAUGAGGCCACUGCUCGCAGCUGGACCCAGAAGUAUGCCAUGGGCUGAUUUGUGUUUAGAACUUGUAUAUUGAAAGGCAUCUAUGAAUACUGUUGUUGGUUUGUUUUAUCUCUUCCUGUUUUCUAGGGGUGAGAUUCUGUUUGUUAUGCUGGACAGGGAAGGUGGUGUCGUAAUUUGAUAAAAAAAAAAAUAUAACUUUAUGUUCAACCACUGUGAAGUGUUAUCAUGAUGCAGAGGCACCAACAAGAUGUUAUUUGUGUCAUGGCUGUGUUUGUAUCUUAUUCUAUGAAGCAAUGUAGAAAUAGUGAUGUGUCACAAACACAGACCUUUCCCAUGAUGCCUCCUUAACUAUGAUAACAUGUUUGUUA